GCGGUCGACGGCAGCGCGCGCUCAGCUAGGGAAUGCAGACGCGCGGUUACAAUGUUACGCGUGGGACAACCAGUCUGUGUGGAAACUUUACUGCACACGGCGGAGGCGCGGAGACAUUUGUGGACUUAAGUUGUUAGGAGAUUCAACAUGGCCCCCGCUGUGUUCUUACAUCUUUGCUGCAGCCGGGCUUGAACGCAGCUGCGUUCUUCUUCGAGUGCCUCUAAAGUGCAUGAUGUAAAUGCAUUUCUGCAUCUUCCGAGAGAUGUACGACUGAAACAUGACCCUCGUUGCAGCUUUCUGGACCUCUGGUCCGGCGUCUGAUUAAGUCAAGCCCCUCCAAGAGACCAUCAGAGGGGGGAAACAAGGAGCCGAGGUGGCUUGUGGUUGGUGGAUAACCAGGAGGAGGAGGGGGGUUAGGAAACCAUCUUUAUCCCUUGGAAUAUACCCUUUCUGGAAUACCUCUGUGUAUUUGGAAUAUUGUCGAAUUUUCAGUCAUUUUUGGAAUAUAUUGGGAAUUUCGUUUCGCAGUCAUGAUGGUGAACCCAAGCUCUUGUUUGUGUCCUGUACUUUUGUGCCUGUGUUUUCUGGAGAGGGGUUAUGAGGCGAGUCAUUACGGCCAGACCAAAGUCAUCUCCAGGAACCAGACCAAAGUCAUCUCCAGGAACCACAAUGUAACUCACAACCAGACCAAGGAUGGGGAAACGGAGGUGCACCAUCGACCCAAAAGGGGAUGGAUAUGGAACCAGUUCUUUGUCCUAGAGGAACACAUUGGAUCAGACGCACAAUAUGUGGGGAAGCUGCAUUCUAAUUCAGACAAAGGCGACGGCUCCGUCAGAUACAUCCUGAGCGGGGAAGGGGCGGGUACUAUCUUCAUCAUCAACGAGGUAACGGGAGACAUCCACGCCACCAAGAGUCUGGACCGGGAGAAGAAAUCCCAUUACGUUCUCCACGCCCAGGCCAUCGACCGCAAUACCAACAAACCCUUGGAGCCCGAGUCGGAGUUCAUUAUUAAAGUUCAGGAUAUUAAUGACAAUGCCCCCAAGUUCACAGACGGACCCUUCGUCACAUCUGUGCCUGAGAUGUCAGAAAUUGGUACGUCGGUUUUUCAGGUCACAGCGACAGAUGCAGAUGACCCCACGUAUGGAAACAGCGCCCGGGUGGUCUACAGCGUUCUGCACGGACAGCCGUACUUUUCUGUCGACCCCAAAACCGGCAUCAUCCGGACAGCCCUGGCAGAAAUGGAUCGAGAGGCGAGAGAAUAUUACUCAGUAGUGAUUCAGGCAAAGGACAUGGCAGGGCAGGUGGGGGGACUGUCGGGCUCCACCACCAUCAACAUCACACUCACCGACAUCAACGACAACCCACCCAAGUUCCCUCAGAAGAACUACCAGGUGUUUGUCCCCGAGUCGUCGCAGGUGGGGAAGCCGGUGGGAAAGAUCAAAGCCACGGAUGAGGACAUCGGAAUCAAUGCAGAGAUUAAAUACAGCAUCUUGAACCCUGAGGGCGCUGCAAUGUUCUCCAUUUCCACAGACAAAGACACAAGAGAAGGAAUCAUCACACUGAGAAAGCCACUUAACUAUGAAAAGAAAAAGCAGUACAGUCUUCAUAUCUCUGCUGAAAACACACACCUGGACCCUCGCCUCUCCUAUCUGGGUUCGUUUAAAGACGACGCCACGCUCAAGAUCACAGUAGGAGACGUGGACGAGCCCCCGGUUUUCUCAAUGGAUUAUUACAUUAUGGAGGUGUACGAGAACGCCAAGGUCGGAACAGAAGUGGGAGCCAUCACAGCUCGAGACCCAGACAGCAAAAACAGUCCAGUAAGAUAUUUCAUCGAGCGGAGAGAAGACAAAGAGGUGUAUUUUGAUAUCGAAUCCAUCAGCGGUGUCAUAAGAACUACUCAACUGCUGGACCGGGAGGAGACGCCGUGGCACAACAUCACCGUCAUGGCAACGGAGGAGGAUCAUCCCAGCCUUCAGAGUCACGUGCCCGUCACAGUGCAGGUUCUGGAUGUGAACGACAAUCCUCCGAAGAUCAACAGCGAUGAGGAGAUCAUCAUCUGCGAGAGCACCAGAGCAGGACAGGUCAUUCAGACGAUCACUGCGGUUGAUAAAGAUGAUUUUGCAAAUGGAAAAGGAUUUUCUUUCUCUUUUCCUGGAGGAAUUCCUGCCAACCCCAACUUCACAAUUAAAGACAAUGAAGACAGCACUGCCAGCAUCAUCGCCAGACGGCGGCGGUUCCACCGGCUGACCCAGGAGCUGUAUGAGGUUCCAGUGGUGGUGUGGGAUGAUGGAGAACCCGUCUUGAGCAGCACGGGCACUCUCACGCUCACGGUCUGCUCCUGCCAGAGAGGAACCAGACUGAAGAUCUGCCAGGGCGAGGCGUUCCUCUUAUCCGCAGGCCUCAGCACGGGCGCUUUGAUAGCCAUACUGCUCUGUGUUCUCAUUCUACUCGCCAUCGUAAUCCUCUUCAUCACGUUACGGAGAAGCAAAAAGGAGCCGCUGAUCAUCUCAGAAGAGGACAUCCGGGAGAACGUGGUGACGUACGAUGACGAAGGCGGCGGCGAGGAAGACACGGAAGCCUUUGACAUCAUCGCUCUGCGGAACCCGGCCGCGGCUGAGGAACUCAAGUUCCGUAGGGACGUCAGACCCGAUUACGUUCGGCCGGGAUCGUCAAGGAGACAGCUCCGUCGCCUUGAAGACGACCGUCUUAGCCCCACGUCCCUGGAUAUAGAUGCCGAAAUGGACGUUGGGGAGUUUAUCAAACAGAGAGUGGCCGAGGCGGAUCAGGACACUAGUAUACCACCCUAUGAUUCCUUACAGACCUACGCCUACGAGGGUCAGGGGUCACCCGCAGGCACCAUCAGCUCGCUCGGGUCAGGUGCGCAUUCUGAACAGGACUACAACCAUCUGGAUGAAUGGGGUCCAGAAUUCCAAAAACUAGCUGAACUUUAUGGAGACGAAGUUGAAACGGAGUCGUCAUCGACUGAAAAGGCAGAGUCAGAGAAGCAGACAUAAAUAUUGCGCAGUGUCAGAAAAACCUGUAACAGCAAAAGCCCUGCUCUCUUCUACCACCCCAUUUCAUGGUUUCAUCAUUAACACGAGACACUCUCCAAUACGUGAAUGCUGUAAAGACAAACAGAUAGACCUGCCUUUUAUCUCCUUUCUUUUGGAUGUUCGGAGCUAUGAAUUCCAACAAGACGAGAAUGAUUUUGAGAAGAAAAUCAAGCAAAAAAGAAUAAAAAAAACUAGUGGAAAAGGAAAAUAUUUUAACUGGUGUAUAUUUUUUAUUGCUCAAUAAAGUCCUGAAUUCCUGA